CAUUUGUUGGUUGAUUGAUUGAAAAAAAAAGAGUCCAUAAUUUCAACAACAACAACAACAACAAAAAAACAUUACCAAAAACGAAAAAUGGCUAAUUGGACGAAUACAUUGGAUACAAUUGAACCGGAAACUAUAUCUGAAACAUUUACAACAGAUAAUACUACUACUGGUUUAACUGGUUCUAAAAAAAGAACAUUCAAAAAAAAAUUACCAUAUAAUAUUAUACCAAAAAAAAGUAUUAAACGUCAUUUAUGGUUAAUUCCAUUCAUUAAUGGUAUUAUCAUUAUAUUUACCUCUUUUGUACCUUUCAUAUCAACCAUACCAAAUGGAUCAGUAUAUCCAAUAUGGCCAUUUGUUAAUGAAACUGGUUCUGUAAUACCGGUUGCAAAAUAUUUUUCUACAUUUCUUGAUGUUAUUGCUGCAUUAACUAUUUUUGUUGGCAUAAUUAUUUACAAACAAAUUCAUUAUUAUGCAUGGGAAUUACAACAACGUUUUGAACUUGAUCAACCAAAAGAUGAUAAAAAAAUAAAUUCUCUUCAAUCAUCGAGAAAAAUAAUAAUGGUAACAUCAAUAUUAAUGUCAAUCGGUUUGGUUAUAAUAGGAAAUUUUCGUAAAAUCCAAAAUUUAAAUGGUCAUAUGAUUGGUGUAACAAUUUUUUUACCAUCCGGUAUAAUAUAUUGUUUUGCAUUGGUCUGUAUUUAUUUAAUAAUCGAUUCAUAUGGAAUACAAUCAUCACCAACUAUGAUUAUAGUUAUUAUAAUGAUUAAUUUAUCAUCAACAAUUUGUUGUAUAGUUUCAGCUGUUUUAUCAACAUCCGAACAACAUAAAUCCAUAUGGCAAUAUUAUAAAUAUGAUAAUGAAUUACGUUUACAAUGGAAUUCAACAAUGUCUGGCUAUUCUUUACAUGUUUUAGGUGAUGUUUGUCAAUGGAUUUCAUUAUCAACAUUUGGUCCAUUAAAUAUUGCUAUUGGUCGUCGUUUUAAAAUGUUUCAACGUUGGGAUUGUAUAUAAAAUGUUUUUUUUUUAUAAAUAAAAAAAUAUACAAUAAUUAUCAAAAAUCAAUUAACAAUCCACACA